AUGCCUCGAAACGCGCAAUUCCAACCGGGCAAGGAGCCUGCUCAGCAUCAUCCUGGCCUACAGCUACGCCAAAAGCAUGUCUCAGGACCAUUUUCCUUUCUGAAUCCCACCUGGGCGCGGUACGCACCAACCCUGGAGCAUGCGGAUCAGGGAUUGGAACCGACACCCGCUGCGAAACCGGAGCACGUUGAACAUCUCUGGCGAUCUCGCGAUAACCGGAAAGGUCGCCAUGCACUGAAAGUUGACUACCGAGUGCCUCAACCAGGAACCACGCCCCCGCCCACGUCGGGUCUCAAGGCGACGGCGAAGGGUAUUCUCCGGAUGGCUACCUGCGUGCCGUACUGGGAUGUAUCUUACCUGGUUGCUACGUCGUUCACUCUUGGGUCGAUAGUCUGGAUCAUCAACGCUUUUUUCGUGUGGCUACCGAUCGUGGAUCCACAGACUCAGUUUGCGGGCGAGUCUCUGGUGGGCGGAGGCGUGAGCGGGUUCAUCGGAGCAACGAUUUUCGAAGUCGGCAGCGUCCUCCUACUCCUCGAGGCAAUCAAUGCGAACCAGACGGGCUGUUUUGGCUGGGCCCUUGAAGCAGAACUCGGAAAGGACGAAGGGUCUGGACCGGCCAUCGAAGUGAAGCCGAACAAGGAGGACUGCGGGCACCAUCAUGCCAACAGGAAGAAUCUUGUUGGUGCCGGGACACACGGGUCUCGUGCGCACUAUGAUGCUGCUGAUGGCUAUGUGACCUCGUUGCCCAACGGAAAGUCGUUCCGCUGGCUGCCUUCCCUGACGGAGCUACGAACCCAUUACCUGCACGAGCUGGGAUUUCUGGCAUCGCUGAUCCAAUUCAUUGCUGCGACGGUUUUCUGGAUUGCGGGUUUCACGGGCUUGCCUGGAAUUAGCAACCAUAUGAGUCAAAACCUUACAGAUGGAAUUUACUGGGUACCGCAGAUCGUUGGCGGGUUCGGCUUCAUCUUGAGUGGACUGUUCUUUACCCUUGAGACACAGAAGAAGUGGUACAUACCGGCAUUCCAUGUCCUGGGCUGGCAUAUUGGAGCGUGGAAUUUCGUUGGAGGCAUUGGAUUCACUCUCUGCGGUGCACUGGGACCAGCGACCAUGCACUCCGGUGUGGAGUAUCAGGCUACACUCGCUACUUUCUGGGGUUCUUGGGCAUUUAUGAUCGGGUCUACCUUGCAGUGGUAUGAAAGCUUGGAGAAAUAUCCCGUUGAAAAGGCAUGA